AGCAUAAUCAUGAGAUUUAUCCAGAUACUAGAAAAUUUAGUAGUAAUAUGCAUAAGCUUGAUCAGAAUAAAUUAGGCAUGAUUGAGGUGCUUCAUGACAAUGGACUUCGAACGAAGGAUAUUUAUAUCAUUUUAGCAUCUAUACUACUCAGAACUUUACAAAAUAAUGAAAAUAUUACUGCAAGUAUAGCAACUAAAACUGCAUAUAAUGAUAAAUGUGAUCAAGAUAGCUUAUUUAUUCAAGCAAUCUUCUAG